UUUCCCCUUCACCGCCUUUAACUCAUUUGUCUCUUUUCAUGUUCUCUUCACCUUCUUAUAAACCUCAAAUCAGUCCUCGAUUGUUCUCACUUCUUAUGAACACUUCUACUUCUCUCUUUCUAAUAUGGCAGUAGAACACUUGUCAGACCUCUGCCAAUCUCUCUUCGACCACAGGCUUUCGCCUCGCGAUCUCUUGCACCGUCUCCGCUCUAAUGAUUCCGUCAAUCGCGGCCUUAAGAGCUUCUUUGCCAUACUCCAACGCGGUGUUCGUCCGAUCGGAGAUGGCUCUGAUAGGUUAGGGUUUCAACUUUGGAGCGAUGAGCAGAUUCAGUUCGUUGCUUCCAUCGGUCACUGGAUCGCUUUUUCUUCUCGAUCUCUAUCUGUGGAACAAGCUGGACCUUUAGUUAUUGCUGUCGUGCAGCAGUUGCUGGAUUUUGCUAUUUGCUAUUUGGAGAAAUCGGAGUUCAGUAGCGAUGACUUCAGUGUACAGAACAAUAUGUUGCAGCUGUUGGAGAUAGCAUUUGUUGAAGGAACAGAUAGAGUCUUUGAACAAUUGGAACAUUACUCAGUAAAUAGCCUUGUAGAGUUGCUGCCAAUGGAUUUUAUUGAUUCUGGUGAUAUCGAGUUGGAUAAUUGCAUAAAAUGCAGUCUUCAAGGUGGUAUAAGUUGCUCAAGGGAAGAGAAACCAAUGGAUCGACUUUUAAUGACAUUAGCAUCUGAAUGCAUGCAACCUGACAGGCAGCCUUCUGCAUACAGUUUACCAUUGUCCCACCAAGAUUCAAAUAAUUUACUCUUUCUAUCCCAGCACUGGGCAGUUGCUCAUCUGGAUUGCAUUCGACGUAUGAUUGUCCUCUGUAAGGAAUUGGUUAAACUGCCAGAAACGUUUGAUGAGAAACUAGUAGGUACAAAUUUUCGCAGGAGACUGUCUUUCUGCCUAAGGAUUUUAAAGUUACUCGGGAGUCUCGUGAAGGACAUUCCUUAUGUGGAAUAUGAUUCCUUCUUAUUGCAAGCAGUUGCUUGGUUUGCAGAUGUCUCCCCUGGCUUGUUUAGACUUGGCUUUGAAUUUGCAAAUAAUCAUACUUCUGCUGAGGGUAGUUUUGAGAGCAUUGUACUGUUGGUUUUGGAAGAGUUUCUUCAUCUUGUGCAACUUAUUUUCUGCAACAGCAACGUCUUUCAAAAUAUUCAAGCAUGUAUAGUGGCUUCUAUAUUGGAUAACCUUGAUUCUUCUAUAUGGAGAUACAACAACUCUGCUGCUAAUCCAAGGGUUCCCUUAGCUUUCUUCCCUCGAACUGUUCUAUAUAUAUUAAAACUAAUGCAGGAUUUCAAGAAGCAGUCAUAUCAGACUGUUAAUUUCAAGGAGCUUGACAAAGAACUUACCAGUGCUUGUGCUGAUACACUGAAUGAUUCCCCUUCCUGUGUCAUACAUCAAGAAAAGGUUCCUUUGCUGAAGAAGUUCACAGUUGAGGAAUUACUGAGUAUGGUAUUCCCUUCUUCAAAACAGUGGGUGGACAAUCUGAUGCAUCUUACGUUUUUCCUUCAUUCUGAAGGAGCAAAAUUGAGGGUAAAAGUGGAGAGAUCACAUUCCAGUUGUUCUAAAGUAAGUUGUUCUACAGAACUCGAUAAUACACUUUGCCAUGAAGAUGAAGCACUUUUUGGUAACCUUUUCUCUGAGGGUAGUCGCUCCAUAGGAUCACUUGAUGGAUAUGAUCAACCUGUAGCUGCUGUCAGUUCUAGUUCUAGCAAUUGCAAUUUGCCAAUGCAAGCUGCUAUGGAGCUGUUGAGCUUUCUCAAACUGUGUGUUUUCUCUCAUGAAUGGCAACCUUCUGUUUUUGAGGACGCCUGCAGAAAGCUCAAUGAGAGUCAUAUUGACAUUUUGCUUUCUUUACUCAACAGUCAGGGAUGUUUUGAAGUAAAGACUUGUGACAGUAGUGCUGCUACACAUGAAGAGGGUAAGACUGGGCAGAUUCAUGAACUUUCUUUUGAACUUCUGCAGAACCUUUUCACAUGCCGUGCUCUUUCUGGUCCACUCGAAGAAUACCUGAUUGAGAGAAUUUUAAAUGUUGAAAACGGGAUGUUCAUUUACAAUGAUCGGAGCCUGACCUUGUUGGCACACACUCUUUUAGGUCGGGUAGGCUUGGCUGGCUGUCAGUUAAGAACCAAAAUUUACCAAGGAUUUGUGCAUUUUAUUGUUGAAAAGGCAAACAUGGUACAUUCAAAAUCUCCUGGUCUCAAGGAACUUCUUGGAACUCUUCCCUCUGCUCUUCACAUGGAGAUUCUUCUUAUUGCAUUCUACUUAUCAUCUGAAGGAGAAAAAGCAACACUGGCAAAUUUAGUAUUUUCUUCGAUUAGAGGAUUUGAUAUUCCAUCUGAGGGUUUCUAUGGUACACAAUUGUCUUGCUGGGCUAUACUAGUUUCAAGGUUGAUAGUACUGCUUCGGCAUAUGACAUAUUACCCUCAAAAUUGUCCUCCAACGUUGCUUCGAGAUCUACGAUCAAGGUUGAGGGAAGGCUCAAGUUAUGCAUCACAUGUGCCAACUAAUGCCAAUGAUCAUUUGUCCUCCUGGGCAUCUAUUGCUGUCAAGAGCAUAAUGGGUUCUUGGGUUGAAGAGGAGCCUACCAUAACUAUACUUGUCAAUCAGUUGAUUGAUUUUGUUGCCCUUCCUACUUCACUUUCUUGGAAUGAACCAGCUAUUGACUCCUUAUGCUUGAGUUGGGGUGACAUGCGUGAGACAUUUUCGCGGAUUUUGGGGUUGUGGAAAGGUAGAAAGGCUUUGGCAGUGGAAGAACUUAUUGUAGAAAGAUACAUUUUUGUGCUUUGUUGUGAUAUUCCUUCCAGGGGCUCUGCACUGGAUUGUCAGCUUGGUACAUUGAGGGAAUCUCUAUCUCUGGACACAUCUAAUUUGGGGUAUUUCUUUCACAUUAAUCAUUCAUAUUUGAGACAGCUUAAUGCUACUGGCAAGGAUUGUAAUUUUGCAGAUAUUGUAGUUGCUGUGCUACAGCGGUUAAAUGAUGUGUGCAUACCAGAGAACAUUGAGGAACUAGGAUGGGAUUUCUUAAGAAAUGGAUCGUGGUUGUCAUUGGUACUAUCGUGGUUAAGUGUUGGCAUUUGGGGAUAUUCCAAGAAGAAUAAAGUCCCUGGAGUGGAUCUAUUGUGGACAGAAAACACAUCUCGGGACGCUGAUUAUGUUACUGUUUCAGAAGGCCUGAUUUCCUGCUUAGUUGAGGCUGGUCAAGUUGAAAUGUUGAUGAGAAUUUUAUCAUCCUUGCUGAGUAGGUACUUACAGUGCUAUCAGAAAGCUUUCCUUGCUACCUUAAAUAAUUGCCAGAAUGAUGCAGAUCGGUUUAUAUCUCUGCUACUUCUCAAACAUUCUGGUUUGGACAAAGGCCUGCGCGAUGAACUCCUGGAGAAGAGUGGCACCAGUUCUUGUCAGCUGGAGUCGAUUUUUCUUUUAUUACUGAAGUUGGAAGAGGUUGACAAUAGGGCUUUGGGCAUCUUAUCUAAGGUGUUUUGGGAAUGCAUGCUGCAUGGUUUUCCAUCUCACCUUCAAACUCCUAGUGGAGUCUUUCUUUCUUGUGUGCUUAGCAUCAGAGGGAUAAUUCUUGUUCUAGAUGGGCUGUCCAGAGUGGAAAAUUUGCUUGUAAAUGUUUGCCUAGAGACUGAAUUACUUCAUGAGAUUCUUGAUUCAGUAAUGUCCAUUAAGUUUGAUAAGAUUUUUGAAAGCCUUCAUAACAAAUGUGAAGCUAUUUUUUGUAAUUUGAGUGCUGGCUUGGAAUUGACAUAUUAUUCUGGCUUGCAUCUAAUGAAGAACAUGGAGGGAUUUUUAAGAGACACCAGUUCCCAACAAGUGAGUGACAGUAAUAUCCUUGAAUGGGUAAUUACAAAGACCAUUGAUACCAUGGAUGCCCUUAGGAAGGACCCUCAAAAGUCUCUUUUAUUCAAAUAUUAUCUGGGUGCAGAAGAAGUUUCUCAACAAUUGAAAGAGUUCCAUGGGUUACAACGUGGUGAUAUGUUGGCUCUGAUUGACGCACUGGACAAUUGUUGCUCUGAAUCAGUAAAUCAAAAAGUGCUUAACUUCUUUGUUGAUAUUUUAUCUGGAGACCUCAGUAUAUUUCUCAAGCAGAAGGUACAAAAGAAAUUCCUAGGUAUGGAUUUGCUUCUUCUGUCUAAAUGGUUGGAGAAGAGGCUGCUUGGUUGCAAACUGGAACCAUCAGAUGGGGUCAACUUUACAAAAGGAAAUUCUGUUUCUCUCAGGGAGUCAACCAUGAGUUUUGUUUUGGGUCUUGUGUCGUCAUCUGACGAAUUGCUUACAAGAGAAUUACAUAAUCAUUUGUUUGAAGCUGUGCUAGUUUCUCUUGAAACGGUAUUUACACUGUUUGAUAUCCAUAUUGCCAAGUCGUAUUUCCACUUUGUUGUUCAACUUUCAAGAGGUGAGAAUUCAAUGAAAUUGCUCUUGAAGAAGAUAGUGACCCUAAUGGACCAGCUGGUUGGUGAUGAGCGUUUGCUUCCAGCGCUAAAGUUUCUCUUUGGCUUUCUUGGAACUGUCCUGGGUGAUUGUGGGUCCUCUAAAAGUACUCCAGAGAAGUCGUCUGGAAAGUCUCUAUCUAGCAACAGUCUUAUGUUGGGUCCUGUGGCUUCUAGGUCAGUGGGAUCUUGCAAAAAUUCUGACACUUUGGUGCUUUGUGGAAAUCAAGAGGGGGGAUCCUCGCCUCUUGAAUGUGAUGCUACUUCUGUAGAUGAAGAUGAGGAUGAUGGAACAUCUGAUGGUGAGGUUGCCAGUAUCGAUAAGGAUGAAGAAGAUGACCCUAAUAGUGAGAGGGCCCUUGCUUCUAAAGUUUGCACAUUUACUUCCAGUGGCAGCAAUUUUAUGGAACAACACUGGUACUUUUGCUAUACAUGUGAUCUGACUGUAUCAAAAGGCUGUUGUUCUGUGUGUGCAAAAGUUUGUCAUCGUGGUCAUCGUGUUGUUUAUUCUCGCUCAAGUCGAUUUUUUUGUGACUGUGGAGCGGGUGGUGUUAGAGGUAGCAAUUGCCAAUGCUUGAAGCCUCGAAAAUAUACUGGUAGUGACAGUGCUCCUGCACAUGGUACUAGUAAUUUUCCUCCUUUUUUACCCUUCACAGAUGAUGCAGAUCAGCUGCCUGAAAGUGAUUCAGAUCUGGAUGAGGAUGUCAGUACAGAAACAGAAAACUCACUCAGGUUAUCCAUCACAAGAGAGCUACAAGAUGCGAUGCCAAAUUUACUUGAAGAACUUGAUUUUGAGCAGCGUGUGCUUGAACUCUGUUCAUCAUUGUUGCCUUCAAUAACUAGCAGAAGAGAAUCUAAUGUUUCAAAAGAUAAGAGAAUCAUUUUGGGCAAGGAUAAAGUUCUUUCAUACAGUGUUGAUCUUUUGCAGUUGAAGAGGGCAUAUAAAAGUGGGUCACUUGACCUAAAGAUAAAGGCUGAUUAUUCCAAUGCCAGAGAACUUAAAUCACAUUUGGCAAGUGGUUCUCUCGUCAAGUCUUUGCUCAGUGUCAGUAUUCGAGGUCGACUUGCUGUUGGAGAAGGUGACAAAGUUGCUAUAUUUGAUGCUGGACAGUUAAUAGGACAAGCUACCAUUGCACCAGUGACUUCAGAAAAAUCCAAUGCUAAGCCUCUCUCAAGGAAUGUUGUACGCUUUGAAAUUGUUCAUCUUUCUUUCAAUUUACUGGUGGAGAACUAUCUUGCUGUUGCUGGCUAUGAAGAUUGCCAAGUCCUCACUUUGAAUCACCGAGGUGAGGUGACUGACCGUCUUGCCAUUGAACUUGCACUGCAAGGUGCAUACAUCAGGCGUAUAGAUUGGGUUCCAGGUUCUCCAGUUCAGUUAAUGGUGGUUACUAACAGGUUUGUCAAGAUUUAUGAUCUUUCCCAGGAUAAUAUCAGUCCCAUGUACUACUUCACGUGUCCAGAUGACUUGAUUGUGGAUGCAACACUUGUAGUGGCAUCUCGGGGAAGGAUGUUUCUUAUUGUUCUUUCAGAAUGUGGAAGCUUAUACAGGUUAGAAUUGUCUGUAGAAGUGAAUGUGGGGGCUACACCACUGAAGGAAACCAUUCAUGUUCAGGACACAGAAAUUCCUGCAAAAGGCUUGUCUUUAUACUUUUCUUCAGCCUAUAAAGUACUUUUCCUUUCUUAUCAAGAUGGUACCACUUUUGUUGGUCGGCUAAAUCAAAAUGCAACAUCUCUAACUGAGAUAUCUGGUAUAUACGAGGAACAAGAUGGUAAACAGAGACCAGCUGGACUGCAUCAUUGGAAAGAGUUGUUGGCUGGCAGUGGCUUAUUUUUUAGUUUAUCAAGUUUGAAAUCAAAUGCUGCACUUGCUGUUUCCAUGGGGAGUGACGAAUUACUUGCACAGAACAUGCGUCAUGCGGUGAACUCAACCUCACCUUUAGUAGGAAUAACUGCUUACAAACCAUUAUCCAAAGACAAGGUCCACUGUCUUGUUUUACAUGAUGAUGGUAGCCUUCAGAUAUACUCUCAUGUUCCUAUGGGCGUUGAUGCUGCUACUAGUGUGACUGCAGAGAAAGUUAAGAAAUUGGGUGCUAAUAUCCUGAACAACAAAGCAUAUGCUAGUACAAAGCCAGAAUUCCCCCUUGAUUUCUUUGAGAAAACAGUCUGCAUUACAACUGAUGUGAAACUAAGUGGUGAUGCCAUUAGGAAUGGCGAUUCUGAAGGAGCUAAGCAGAGCUUGGCAUCGGAAGAUGGGUUUCUAGAAAGCCCAAGCCCUACUGGAUUCAAGAUAUCUGUUUCCAAUUCAAAUCUUGAUAUUGUCAUGGUUGGCUUCCGUGUACACGUGGGUAAUACUUCAGCAAAUCAUAUACCUUCUGAAAUUACCAUUUUCCAGAGGGUCAUCAAGUUAGAUGAGGGCCUGCGGUCCUGGUAUGAUAUACCAUUUACAGUUGCUGAAUCACUCCUUUCUGAUGAAGAAUUCUCGAUCUCCAUUGGGCCAACCUUUAACGGCUCUGCUCUGCCUAGAAUAGACUCACUUGAAGUGUAUGGUCGAGCUAAGGAUGAAUUUGGUUGGAAGGAAAAAAUGGAUGCAGUUUUGGACAUGGAAGCUCGUGCCCUUGGUUCCAAUUCAUUGCUUGCAGGGUCUGGGAGAAAGUGCCGGACAAUGCAGUCAGCACCAGUUCAGGACCAGGUGGUAGCGGAUGGCCUUAAACUUCUGUCUAGGUUGUAUCCACUCUGUAGGUUACAAGAGGAGGAAGUGAAAGGGGUUCUGAGCAAGCUCAAGUGCAAGCAGCUUCUAGAAAUAAUAUUUGAAAGUGACAGGGAACCCUUGAUGCAAUCUGCUGCUUGUCUUGUUUUGCAGGCUGUGUUCCCCAAAAAAGAUAUAUAUUACCAGGUUAAGGAUACCAUGCGCCUUCUUGGGGUUGUGAAAUCAACAUCUGCACUUUUGUCAAGGCUUGGGGUAGGUUGUUCUAAAGGAGGGUGGAUUAUUGAAGAGUUUACUGCUCAGAUGCGUGCUGUAUCAAAGAUUGCAUUGCACCGUCGAUCCAAUUUAGCAUCUUUUCUUGAGAAUAAUGGUUCUGAAGUGAUGGAUGGGCUUAUGCAAGUUCUAUGGGGAAUUCUGGACUUAGAGCAGCCUGACACGCAAACCAUGAACAAUAUUGUUAUUUCCUCUGUUGACCUCAUUUAUAACUAUGCUGAAUGUCUGUCACUAUAUGGAAAGGAUACAACAGUGAGCUCUGUAGCACCUGCUGUUGAACUAUUUAAGAAACUUCUAUUCUUCCCUAGUGAGGCUGUUCGAGUUUCCAGCAGUUUGGCAAUAUCAUCAAGAUUGCUGCAGGUUCCAUUUCCAAAGCAAACUAUGUUAGGGACAGAUGAUGUGACAGAUAAUGCAGUAUCUACCUCAGUUCCAGCUAUGACACCAAGCAGAAAUUCACAGGUUGUGAUUGAAGAAGAUUCUAUUACCUCAUCUGUUCAAUAUUGUUGUGAUGGCUGUACCACCGUUCCUAUACUUAGACGGAGAUGGCAUUGCACUAUUUGCCCAGAUUUUGAUUUAUGUGAGGCUUGUUAUGAAGUGCUAGAUGCAGAUCGACUUCCUCCGCCUCAUUCUCGAGGUCAUCCUAUGACAGCGAUCCCAAUUGAAGUGGAAUCAUUAGGAGGAGAUGGCAAUGAAAUUCACUUUUCAUCAGAUGAUGUGAAUGAUUCAAAUUUGUUGCCUGUGACUACUGAUGUCAGUGUGCAGAGUUCUGCACCCUCAAUUCAUGUAUUGGAGCCCAAUGACUGUGGAGAAUUUUCUGCUUCCAUGCCAGACCCUGUUUCAAUAUCAGCUUCAAAACGAGCAGUGAAUUCCUUGCUUCUCUCUGAGCUUCUUAGACAGUUGAAAGGUUGGAUGGAGACGACAUCUGGGAUUCAAGCUAUCCCUGUUAUGCAACUCUUCUAUAGAUUGUCAUCUGCUGUUGGCGGUCCUUUUAUAGAUAGCUCAAAGCCUGAAAGUUUGGAUUUAGAGAAAUUAAUUAAAUGGUUUUUGGAUGAAAUAAACCUCAGCAAACCUUUUGGAGCCAGAGAACGUUCUUCUUUUGGAGAAGUUGCAAUCCUUGUCUUUAUGUUCUUUACCUUGAUGCUUCGAAACUGGCAUCAGCCUGGCACUGAUGUUGUUUCCAGACCAAGUGGGAACACAGAUACUCAUGAUAAAAGCAGUAUACAGAUGUCAGGAUCAGUUGCAUCUCAGUCGUCCUUGGAUGAUCAAAUGAAAAGUGACUUUGCAUCCCAGCUGCUCCGAGCAUGUGGUUCCCUUAGAAACCAAGCUUUUGUGGAUUAUCUAAUGGACAUUCUGCAGCAACUGGUGCAAGUUUUUAAGUCUCCUGCUGCUAAUUUUGAAGGCCAAGAUAUAAAUGCUGCUUCAGGAUGUGGCGCUCUGCUAACAGUCCGAAGAGAUUUACCUGUCGGAAACUUCUCUCCUUUCUUUUCAGAUUCAUAUGCAAAAGCCCAUCGCACAGAUAUUUUUGUGGACUACCACAGGCUAUUGUUAGAGAAUGCUUUGCGACUGGUAUACACCUUAGUUAGACCAGAAAAGCAAGACAAGAGUGGGGAAAAAGAAAAGGUUUACAAGAUAUCCUCUGGUAAGGAUUUGAAGCUAGAUGCAUACCAGGAUGUCCUCUGCAGUUACAUCAAUAAUCCUCAUACAACAUUUGUUAGAAGAUAUGCGAGGAGACUUUUUCUGCAUAUUUGUGGAAGCAAAACUCAUUAUUACAACAUUCGAGACUCUUGGCAGUUUUCUAGUGAAGUGAAGAAACUCUACAAACAUGUAAAUAAAUCUGACGGCUUCCAGAAUUCUAUUCCAUAUGAGAGAAGUGUUAAGAUUGUUAAGUGCCUUUCUACUAUGGCUGAGGUUGCUGCUGCACGGCCUCGGAACUGGCAGAAGUACUGCUUGAGGAAUGGAGAUGUUUUACCCUUUCUGAUGAAUGGAGUGUUUUACUUCAGUGAAGAGUCUGUCAUCCAGACUCUUAAACUACUAAAUUUGGGAUUCUAUUCAGGAAAGGAUAUGGGUCACUCUUUACAGAAGGCUGAUGCAGGGGAUUCAGGAACAAGUUCUAAUAAGUCAGGAUCACAUUCUCUGGAUUCAAAGAAGAAAAAGAAGGGUGAAGAUGGAAGUGAAUCUGGUUUAGAGAAAUCAUAUUUGGAUAUGGAAGCAGUUGUAAGUAUCUUCACUGACAAAGAUGGUGAGAUCUUGAGGCAAUUUAUUGAUUGCUUUUUACUCGAAUGGAAUUCAAGCUCUGUCCGUGCUGAGGCCAAGUGCGUUCUUUAUGGUGCAUGGCACCAUGGAAAGCAUGUAUUCAAGGAAACAAUUUUGGUGAAUCUCCUGCAGAAAGUGAAAUACCUGCCUAUGUAUGGCCAGAAUAUUGUGGAGUAUGCUGAACUUGUUACUUUGUUGUUGGGGAAGGUACCUGAUAACAGUUCAAAGCAGCAGAAUACUGAGCUUGUGGAUCAUUGUUUGACUCCAGAUGUAGUUAAGUGCAUCUUUGAGACACUUCAUCUGCAAAAUGAGCUUAUAGCUAAUCAUCCAAAUUCACGCAUAUACAAUACUUUGAGUGGUUUAGUGGAAUUUGAUGGUUACUAUCUUGAGAGUGAACCUUGUGUUGCCUGUAGCUCCCCUGAGGUACCCUAUAGCAGGAUGAAGCUAGAAAGUCUGAAAUCUGAAACAAAGUUUACUGACAACCGUAUCAUUGUGAAAUGCACUGGGAGUUACACCAUACAAACUGUGACCAUGAAUGUUCAUGAUGCCCGCAAGUCAAAAUCUGUGAAAGUUUUGAACCUGUACUACAACAAUCGUCCUGUGGCUGACUUGUCAGAGUUGAAAAAUAAUUGGUCCUUGUGGAAGCGUGCAAAAAGUUGUCAUCUUGCUUUCAAUCAGACUGAGCUGAAAGUAGAGUUUCCUAUUCCAAUCACUGCUUGUAACUUUAUGAUUGAGCUGGAUUCUUUCUAUGAAAACCUUCAGGCUUUGUCCCUUGAACCAUUACAGUGCCCACGUUGCAGUCGACCUGUCACUGAUAAGCAUGGGAUUUGUGGUAAUUGCCAUGAAAAUGCCUAUCAAUGCAGGCAAUGUCGCAACAUUAAUUACGAGAAUCUGGAUUCUUUUCUGUGCAAUGAGUGUGGGUAUAGCAAAUAUGGACGCUUUGAGUUCAAUUUCAUGGCAAAACCAAGUUUUACUUUUGAUCACAUGGAGAAUGAUGAAGAUAUGAGGAAGGGGUUGGCAGCUAUAGAAUCAGAAUCAGAAAAUGCUCAUAAGAGAUAUCAGCAGCUAUUGGGCUUCAAGAAGCCCCUUCUUAAGAUUGUUUCAAGCAUUGGUGAAAAUGAGUUGGAUUCACAACAGAAGGACUCUGUCCAGCAAAUGAUGGUCUCGUUGCCUGGGCCUUCAUGCAAGAUAAACCGCAAAAUCGCUCUUCUUGGUGUCCUAUAUGGUGAGAAGUGCAAAGCUGCUUUCGAUUCUGUCAGCAAAAGUGUUCAGACGUUGCAGGGACUUCGUCGAGUUUUGAUGAAUUAUUUGCACCAGAAACAUUCAGAUAAUGCUGUGGCUGCAUCCCAAUUUGUAGUUUCCAGGUCUCCUAAUAAUUGCUAUGGCUGUGCAACUACAUUUGUGACACAGUGUCUGGAGAUCCUACAAGUGCUGUCGAAGCAUCCAAGUUCUAAGAAGCAACUUGUUGCGGCAGGCAUCUUAUCUGAAUUGUUUGAAAAUAAUAUUCAUCAGGGUCCAAAGUCAGCUCGUGUUCAAGCUAGGGUAGUACUUUGUGCUUUCUCUGAAGGGGAUGUAAAUGCAGUAAUUGAGUUGAAUAAUUUAAUACAGAGGAAGGUCAUGUACUGCCUUGAACAUCACCGCUCCAUGGACAUUGCUGUUGCCACUCGUGAGGAGUUAUUAUUGCUAUCAGAAGUGUGUUCAUUGGCUGAUGAAUUCUGGGAAUCAAGAUUGCGUGUUGUUUUCCAGCUUUUGUUCUCUUCUAUUAAGUUGGGGGCUAAGCAUCCUGCCAUAUCUGAGCAUAUCAUACUGCCUUGUCUGAGGAUUGUGUCUCAGGCCUGUACUCCUCCAAAGCCUGAUACAGCAGAUAAAGAACAAGCUGUGGGGAAAUCUUCUCCUGUGGUGCAACUGAAGGAUGAAAAUAGUUCAAAUUUAUCUGGAUCUUUCAGUGGUGCUCUUGCUGGUAGUAAAUCUGCACCGGAAGAAAGAAAUUGGGAUGUUUCAAACAAGACUCAGGAUAUUCAGUUACUCAGUUAUUCGGAGUGGGAAAAGGGAGCAUCAUAUCUUGAUUUUGUUAGAAGGCAAUACAAAGUGUCUCAGGCUGUCAAAAGUGCUGGCCAAAGAUCUCAGCCUCAGAGACAUGACUACCUGGCUCUCAAAUAUUCACUUAGGUGGAAGCGGCAUGUUUCCAAGACAAAGAAAGGUGACUUAUCAUCAUUCGAGCUGGGGUCUUGGGUCACUGAACUUGUCCUGAGUGCUUGUUCUCAGUCUAUUAGGUCAGAAAUGAGCAUGCUGAUUAGCUUACUAUGCGGCCAAAGUCCGUCCAGACGGUUUCGGUUGUUGAACUUACUGAUGGGUUUGUUGCCAGCAACUCUGUCAGCUGGUGAAAGUGCUUCAGAAUACUUUGAAUUGCUCUUCAAGAUGAUUGAUUCAGAAGAGUCUCGUCUAUUCUUAACAGUACGGGGAGGUCUAACUACAAUUUGUAAAUUAAUCACUCAAGAAGUUAGUAGUAUUCAAUCUCUAGAAAGGAGUCUGCACAUUGACAUUUCACAAGGAUUCAUCCUUCACAAGCUUAUAGAGCUUCUUGGUAAAUUUUUAGAGGUUCCCAAUAUUCGAUCAAGAUUUAUGCGGGAGAACUUGCUUUCUGAAAUCCUUGAGGCUCUUAUUGUCAUUCGUGGCUUGAUAGUGCAGAAAACAAAGUUGAUUAGUGACUGCAAUCGCCUUUUAAGAGAUCUUCUUGACAGUCUUCUGCUUGAAAGUAGUGAAAAUAAGCGUCAAUUUAUCCGUGCCUGUAUUUGUGGUCUUCAAAUCCAUGGAGAGGAGAAAAAAGGACGAACUUGUUUGUUCAUCUUAGAGCAGCUCUGUAAUUUGAUCUGCCCAUCAAAACCGGAGUUGGUAUAUUUGUUGGUUCUAAACAAGGCUCACACUCAAGAAGAGUUUAUUAGGGGAUCAAUGACCAAGAAUCCUUAUCCCAGUUCAGAAAUUGGUCCACUUAUGCGUGAUGUCAAAAAUAAAAUUUGCCAUCAAUUGGAUUUGUUAGGUCUUCUUGAAGAUGACUAUGGCAUGGAGCUUCUAGUAGCUGGGAAUAUCAUCUCUCUCGAUUUGAGCAUUGCUCAAGUUUAUGAGCAAGUCUGGAAAAAGUCAAGUGGUCAAUCUUCAAGUACCAUGGCAAACCCUACCUCGUUAUCUUCUAGUGUUGUGACAUCAGCCAGAGAUUGCCCACCAAUGACAGUAACUUAUCGGCUUCAGGGUUUGGAUGGUGAAGCUACUGAGCCUAUGAUUAAAGAAUUGGAGGAAGAUAGAGAAGAAUCACAAGAUCCAGAGGUCGAGUUUGCCAUAGCUGGUGCAGUUCGUGAAUAUGGUGGGCUGAAAAUUUUGUUAGGCAUGCUCCAGCGUUUGCGUGAUGAUUUGAAGUCCAACCAAGAGCAGUUGGUUGCUGUUCUCAAUCUUCUGAUGCACUGCUGCAAGAUAAGAGAAAACAGAAGAGCUUUGUUAAACCUUGGAGCAUUAGGUCUGCUUCUUGAAACUGCAAGGCGUGCCUUCUCUGUGGAUGCCAUGGAACCAGCUGAAGGCAUCCUAUUGAUUGUGGAGAGUCUUACACUGGAAGCAAAUGAAAGUGAUAAUAGUAACAUCUCUCAUAGUGUCCGAACUGUCACAAGUGAGGAAACUGGUGCAAGUGAACAGGCCAAGAAAAUAGUUCUUAUGUUCCUGGAGAGAUUGUGCCAUCCUUCAGGCCCUAAAUCAAAUAAACAACAGAGGAACACUGAGAUGGUUGCAAGAAUCCUGCCCUAUUUGACAUAUGGUGAGCCUGCUGCAAUGGAAGCACUUAUCCAGCAUUUUAACCCUUACCUACAAGACUGGGUUGAAUUUGACCGAUUGCAGAAACAACAUGAAGACAACCCGAAAGAUGAGAAAAUUGCUCAACAAGCAAUCAAACAGAUGUUUACAGUCGAAAAUUUUGUUAGAGUUACAGAGUCACUUAAGACAAGUUCAUGUGGUGAGAGAUUGAAGGACAUCAUUUUAGAGAAGGGUAUAACGGGUGUUGCUGUUAAGCAUCUCAAAGAAAGUUUUUCUGUUGCCGGCCAGGCUGGCUAUAAAUCCUCCAGUGAAUGGGCAGUGGGUUUAAAACUGCCAUCUGUUCCACAUAUAUUGUCUAUGCUGAGGGGCUUGUCAAUGGGGCACUUGCCCACUCAGAUGUGUAUUGAUGAGGGAGGCAUCUUACCCUUGCUUCAUGCCUUGGAAGGAGUCUCUGGAGAAAAUGAGAUUGGAGCGAGGGCUGAAAACUUACUAGACACACUUUCUGAUAAAGAGGGUAAAGGUGAUGGAUUCUUGGAAGAAAAGAUUCGCAGGUUGCGGCAUGCAACUAGAGAUGAAAUGAGACGCCGUGCUUUAAGGAAGAGGGAGGAAUUGCUUCAGAGGCUUGGAAUGCGACAAGAACUAGCUUCAGAUGGCGGUGAGCGAAUUUUUGUUGCUAGACCAAUUUUGGAAGGGUUAGAAGAUGUAGAGGAAGAAGAAGAUGGAUUAGCAUGCAUGGUAUGUCGGGAAGGCUACAGUUUGAGGCCUGCUGACUUGCUGGGAGUUUACUCUUACAGCAAACGGGUGAACCUUGGUGUUGCUAGUUCAGGAAGUGCUCGUGGGGAGUGUGUAUAUACUACUGUCAGCUAUUUCAAUAUCAUUCAUUUCCAAUGUCAUCAAGAAGCCAGAAGAGCAGAUGCUGCUCUGAAGAAUCCAAAGAAAGAAUGGGACGGGGCUGCACUCAGGAACAAUGAAUCUCUCUGCAAUUCCUUAUUUCCAGUGAGAGGUCCAUCUGUCCCAAUUGCUCAGUAUGUCCGAUAUGUUGACCAGUACUGGGAUAACCUCAAUGCUCUUGGUCGUGCCGAUGGGAGUCGGCUUCGGCUAUUGACUUACGACAUUGUUCUGAUGCUGGCUCGAUUUGCAACUGGGGCAUCAUUCAGUGCAGAGAGCCGAGGUGGUGGAAGAGAAAGCAACUCUAAAUUUCUGCCUUUCAUGAUCCAAAUGGCUCAUCACCUUCUUGAACAUGGAAGUCCCUCCCAGCGCCGAAGCUUGGCAAAGACGGUCUCAACAUACAUUAACACUUCCAUGUUAGAAGCUAGACCUUCCACUCCUGGAACACCUUCAGUGGGAACUGAAGAAACUGUGCAGUUUAUGAUGGUGAACUCACUUUUAUCGGAGUCUUACGAAUCCUGGUUGCAACACCGUCGCACAUUUUUGAACCGUGGGAUAUACCACACAUACAUGCAGCACAUCCAUGGCCGGUCCAUGGCUAGGGCAUCAUCCACUUCAACAAAUGUUGUCAGGUUGGAAUCAGGAAGUAGUAGCAAAAGCUCUACUCCAGAAUCAGGUGGUACUGAUGACCUACUUUCUAUUGUCCGACCAAUUCUUGUCUACACCGGUUUGAUUGAGCAGCUGCAGCAGUUUUUCAAGGUCAAAAAAUCAGCAAAUGUGACACCAAUCAAAGUAGAAGGAACGUCAAAGGGGCCAGAAGGGGACACCGAGGAGAGUGGAAGCUUGGAAGGUUGGGAAGUGGUAAUGAAAGAUCGGCUAUUUAACAUUAAGGAAAUGGUGAGUUUGUCGAAAGAGUUGCUGUCAUGGUUGGAUGACAUGAGUUCUGCUAGUGAUUUGCAAGAGGCGUUUGACGUCAUUGGUGUUUUAGCUGAUGUAUUAUCUGGUGGAUUUCCACGUUGUGAGGACUUUGUUCAGCAUGCAAUUAAUUCUGGGAAAGUCUGAGGUUUAGGCCAAUAGAGGAGCAGCAUUUUGUUUGUAAUCAAGCUGCAUUUUCCAAUUUUAUAUGUAUGAUGUAAACUUGUAUUCUUGUUCCCAUGAGCAAGUGGGUUUUGAAUAUCGUACUUAUAUACAUAUUACUCCUUGUCUUGGUAAUAAAACAAUUCUUUCUCUGGUA